UGCACAUAAAUAAUUUAAGAACAAUUGGCUUCACUUAAGACUGUGUAGACAUUCAAUAUUAGGAAAUAAAACCCUGUAGGUUAGAAUGAGAUCGCAGAAAAUUUGUGUGAGAUCAGCGUUGGAUAAAAUUGAUCAUAAUGUGUUGUUAAUAUUUUGAUAUGAUAGUCCUUUACGAAGCCGUCAGUCGAAUAGUGAAUGCGCGCAAGAGGCGUGAACAAACAGAUAAUCUGCCACAUGCUGAGAGAGGAGUUGCAGCUUCCAUUGACAGGAGAGCGGCCGAUAUUCAUUGGAGAUAACACUUGAGGUAAGUGUCUUUAGGCCAAACAGAAGAUUUGCUUAGGGUCGGAGGUCGUUUCUACGCCUUUAUCAAACUUGGAUUAGCGGAAAUCAAAUGCAUAAUUACAAUCGUUUAAAUUUUUUGUACCUCAUCCAUGUGGUGCUAUGGAACACAGCUGCUCACAACAUCAGAACAUCGGCACCACCACAAGGCCUUAUCGUCACUCCGCUUCCAUGGCCGCAUGGAACCGAGGCUGCUGCCAGUGUUGCUUCAGUUACCGAGGGUACCUCUCCCCAACUUCAAGAAAAUCUAACCACAACUGCCCCCACCGCAUAUAAUCGCUCAAACUCGUGGACAAUAGCCCCUUUAGGCUGCUACCGAGACUCGUACGUAAAACCUCGACCUCUUCCGAAACUUAUUGCAAACUUACGAGGCACUAUCGAUCGCAAAGAUGUUAACAAUACUGUGAUGGCAUGUGCUGAGAAAGCCCGAGAGAGGGGCUUCAAAGUCUUUGGGAUCCAGUACUACACUGAAUGUUGGAGCGGCCCUGGGAGCGAGAAAACCUAUGGACGAGACGGUACAUCGGUGGACUGUAAAGAUGGAGUCGGCAAAUCUGGAGCCAACUUUGUUUACAGAUUUGGGGAUUAUGAAUUGUCUCCUUGUCCAAUCUGUGCACAACCCCGCAAACUGUGUUUUCCUGCCAUUUCUCAAGUGACGCUGGAGUCUGGUGAGAGCAUCCCUUUGAGUAAUUUGAAGGUUGGGGACAAAAUACAGACACUGGGAACUCACGGGGAGAACAUAUUCAGCAAAGUGAUUGCUUUUCUGCACAAGGAAAUUGAUGCCAAGGCACAAUUUUACAACCUUGAGACCAAGUCAGGAAACAGUAUUAGGUUGUCUGCACAUCAUCUGAUUUUCAGAAAGAAAACAAAUACAUCAUUAUCAUAUGCUGUUUUCGCCUCAGAAAUUAACAUUGGAGAUUUUCUUAUACUUAAUGGGAGCAGCCCAAUCUAUGACACAGUUACACGAAUUACCCAGAUGAAAAUGACAGGUGUGUAUGCCCCCUUAACAAGUCAAGGAACUUUAUUUGUUGAUGGCAUACUGGUAUCUUGUUAUGCACACUGGCCUUCCCACAAUGCUGCACAUUUAGUUAUGGCACCUAUCAGAGCAGCUGAUUUGCUGAUGGGAGCCUGGAAACAACUGACCAGCUCAUUAGUUGGGUUAACUGAGUUGGAAAGGAAAGAUUCCUUAAAAGGAGUUCAUUGGUAUGCUUCCAUUCUUAUGUCACUGACAAACACCCUGAUAAUAUAAAACCAUUUUAACACACUGAAAGCAUGAGGUAGCUUUGAAUAGUAGCAAAGAGCAAGUCUACUGCUGCUUUGGGAAUCCUUUGCAGUCAAUGACUGAUGAGA